GAUUAACAUCUCAUUUCGCUAGUCGGCGAUAGAGCCCAAACCAGUGGCCACCACGCUGCAAUUAGGGCUUACGGUUCAUUAAAACAAUGGCGCUAGUGGUCUUGUUUUCGUGGAUGGUUCAUUUGCCCGUAUAUUGCGGGCGUCAGGCGGUUCGUGCCUGGUCUGGUCCGAUGGCCACCGGAGGCAACGAUUUAUUUCCUGUCGCUCUUAUAUUCUCCUUUCUCGUUCGUCCCUGCUUUGUUCCUUUCUUCGUCUCUCCUUACACUCCUUGUCUGGAACAGCAGAUCUAUUCGUCCUGGGAUUUGAUAUCCAGGUGUCCAUUCAUUACAUUUCUAUUCUUGUGCUUAUUGCACGUCCUGUCCUUUUUGGUCCACCUGCUUGCAGAUUCACUCCUUUACGACAACAGACCGUUCAUCUUCUACAUACUCAACCAUGAAGUACCAGUCUCUCGUCUCUCUGGGCCUUGCUGCCCUCGGCACGACCUCGGUGUCGGCUAGCCCUCUUUUCCACCACAGGGACAAUGGCCAGUGCCCUCCCGGCUACUCGCCCAGUGUCUACUACAUCACCGUCACCGCGGAAGCCACUCCUACAUCGACCUCGUCCGUUGAGCUGACCACGACGGUCUCUUCCUCUUCGUCGACAACCUCGACCUCGGAGACGACGGUCAGCACUACGCAGACCCCAAUCCAGCCGACCUACCACACAUUGGUUGAAAUCCCUCCCCCAGUCACCACGGAGGCACCCGUCACCACCCAGGCCGAGGCUGCCCCUGUCGAGACCACCACUCCUGCAGAGCCCUCGACCACAUCUAGCGCCGUUGAGCAGCAGCCGACGGUCGUCGUCGUGUCGUCCGAGGCCCCCGCUGCUCCUGCUCCUUCCACCACUGAGGCCGAGGCCCCGGUGGUCGCUGUCCCUACCACCACGCAGGCCGCUAAGCCUGCCGCUACCACUGCCGCUUCUUCUAGCUCCAGCUCCAACUCGAACUCCAAUGCUGGCUCUAGCUCCUCGUCCUCGUCCUCGUCUUCAUCCGGCUCCUCGGGCGCGGUCAACUCCGGCAAAGCCACCUUCUACGGCGGCAACGUCUCCGGCGGAGCAUGCUCCUUCACCGGCUACACCAUCCCCAGCAGCCUUUUCGGCACUGCCCUGUCCCAAGCCCGCUGGAACGACGCCUCGUCGUGUGGUGCCUGCGUGUCCGUCAAGGGUCCCGACGGAAACAACGUCAAGGCCAUGAUCGUCGACAAAUGCCCCGAAUGUGAAUCCAACCACCUCGACCUCUUCGAGACCGCCUUCUCCGAGCUCGCCAGCACCUCCGAAGGCAUCAUCCCCAUCGACUGGUCCUUCGUGCCCUGCGGCAUCGACUCCCCGAUCACCCUGAAGAACAAGGAGGGCACCUCCGCCUACUGGUUCUCCAUGCAGGUCGUCAACGCUAACGAGCCCGUCUCCUCCCUGGAGGUCAGCACCGACGGCGGCAGCACCUGGCAGGAGACCACCCGCAGCGACUACAACUUCUUCGAGAACGAGAGCGGGUUCGGAGCCGAGACCGUCGACGUGCGCGUGACCAGCCAGUCCGGUGGAAAGAUCCACGUCAAGAAUGUCGGCUGUUCGUCUGGCACCGAGAAGGAGGCGACUAGCAACUUCUAAGCGCACUCCUCUCUCUCUCUCUCUCGAUCUUGAUCAAGUGGGAUUGAGAUCCAAAAGCCAAGACAAUCGAGAUUAAGUGGGUGUGGGUUUUUUUUCUUGGGGUGAGAUUUGGUGGGGACUUCUAUGGUCCCUGCGCUGCGCGGUUUGGUGUGGUUCGAUUUUUAUUCUUUUUUUUUCUCUUCUCUUCUCGGACUUCUUUAACACUCGAUUCUUUAUUAUUCUGAUUCUUUGAGCGGUCCGUCCUGCUCGUUACGUUCGAUAUGCCGAUGAUGUGGCUUCCUUGCGCCUGAUGACGCGCGCUUUCAUUGUCCAUUUACUUCCAUGUUUUUACACUUCUCUGUACAUACUUUGUUUGGCCUUUGCCUACUCACCCACCCACGUGCUAUUCAUCAAAAGCAUUCAAUGGAACGGUUUGACCCAGCGCUGCUCUUGCAGCAUAUCUGGAC